GUCGACCAAGGCCCGCGCAGCUUGUUUUGGUUUCGCUUUUACAACGGAGUUGCGUGUAUUUAAAACUUACUUAUCGGUUGAAUACCGAUCCCUCAUUUACUCCAUACCCAUAAACCUCAUAGCCAAUGCGAACAAGAAACCGUGGCCAAAAGAAAUCUAUUGUUUCCUCUCUCGGGCUGGGUCCGAGACAGAAUAGGCACAGAUGUGCUUCCGACCUCAGUCCUACUAUUGAUGUAAAGCGACGCUUUGUGGUUGGUGCUCAGUGUUUGAAAAGUCGUUUGUCGUCACAAGCUCCACGCGCUGGGGUGGGACGUCAUGUCGGAAGACCAAGAAUUCGUAGGCGCGGCAGUCGAGGUCUUCGUGGAAGUAGUCGACUGUUGUGUUCCGUUCUUUUAGAUUCGAAGAGCAAUGAUCUUUCAUCUAAUCCCACGUUACAUUCUGUUUAUGCUACACGAACAAGAAAUAAAAACGGGGGUUUGAUUUCUAUGAUGGGUAACACUUUGUCGUCACCAGGCCGCAUUUGGAACAGAAAGGAUGAUGAAUCUACUAAAGUAUGUAGUGUUGUACCGAAAAGAUUGUCAGUCUCUAGAGGCGCGAAGAGAGGACGUCCAAGAUUCUCCAGUGUUUUUUCUCGUGUCCCAGUCUUUGACAGGAGUGCUCACUCAUCUGUUAAUCGGCCAACUUUUGUAGAUAGCAAAUGUGAUUCUCCAGUUUCUGAUGAACCUGCACCAAAUUGUUCAGAAUUGAAAGAUGCUGUAAAGUGUGGGGAAGUUGAGAAUUUCGGUUGUAAAUCCCCUACAGAUUAUAAGUUAGAUAUACCUAGCAUUAAGAAAGAUGAUUUCAUAUUCGAUACUUUGCCAGUUCCAGCAAAGCGGAGACGUGGAAGGCCUUCACUGAAGAGUUAUACGACGCCAACACUCAAAGUUGAUUCUUCUGUAAAAUCAUCUGCAAACAAAGAGCAUGCAUUUGGAGAUCUGCAUAAUUCAGCUUCUCUGCAUUCAGAAUUCACUAAGGAGAACGAUUUUACAAGUCAAAAUCUUGUUCGUGUUUCGUGUACCAGCUCACCUACCUUAUUACAUUUUGGUGCUACAGAUGAUGUCUUACAGGAGGUUUUGAAUGAAGUAAAUGUGAAUGGUUUUGUUAAUUUACCUAUCAAACGUACUCGUAAAGGUCUCCAAAAUCUCUCUACUUUUGGCAAGAUUGAUGAAAAUCACCUGGCAAUGAGUUUUAACUCAGCUUCUGUUGAAAAAAUUUUCAAUUCUAUCUGCGAUGAGGGCAAUUUGAAUGAAGAACUUGCAUCAAAAGAUUUGUUUCUAGCAAUGAAUGGCCUUCUCCGUCCUGGUGUUUGUGAAGUUUGGCGCAGACGACGAGAGGAUCGAAGUAAGCAACUAAGUCGAGAUUCAUUGGGUCGUUUACGUCCUAACCCUCGUCCAAGGCGUUAUUCUGAUAUGAUAUCCCAAGGCAGUAGACAUUCUCACGUUGACGGGCUUAUUCCGCUUGAAAGUGUCCACAAUAGUGGGAAACUGCUACACCAGUCAGCACGACCAGGUAUUGUUUCUGCGGCACGACUCACUGCUGCCAAAAAGCUCAUUCGAGCUAAAUCACAUAUUCAAGGCGGUUUACAAAUUGCCUCCAUCAGAUCUCAAGACUCUGAAUUUGUUGAUGAAUUAUGUGGGCGAAAGUCAGCGCAUUUAGACACAAGAACAUGUAAGAAUGCUCUUCGUGUUCCAAAGAUGACUGUUUCAGUGUCAUCUAGAACUACCCGUCAUCCGGAUGUAAGUCAUCAUAUUGAUUGGAAGUUUUGUUAUGUCUCCUCGAAUAAAUCAGGUGAUGUCGCAUCAGUUAGUAAUGAUAUACAGCGUCGACAACAUCAAGCAAACCUCACUCCUAAGGGAAAAGUCGAAGGUGUUGGUGACAUUUCACCUUCUAGGUCAAUUGACGAUGGUCCUCAUAAUUUUGAACGGGAUGAUUCGAAGGAAUCUUGUGACAUUCACACAGCAGAGACCUCUGAUCAAUCAGCAUUUAAGUCUGAAAAUGUGACUGAUAUUCGCAAUUACAGUACUAAUUUUGACAUAUUUGGCAUUAACCGUAAUUCUUCAAUGCAGCUGACGGAUGACCAGUUACUGGAAAGACAACGCAAAAGACGGCGAGUAAUUGCAUUUCAAAGAAAACGACCUAAUGAACGGUUCCUAACGUCUCACAAAGAAAAGCAGUACCUAGGCAAAGAGCAUUCACGUGAUGAUUCUUCAGCAUCUUCUUCAACUUCGAUAAUAGACGCUUAUGGUAGGUCCUUCCGCCAAGCGAGGAGAUGGUUUCAUCACCACCCCUCUAAACAUAUGCAUUCAGAAAGAGUGGAACUAAGUUACGAUUGUCACAGUCGCUUUGAAUCACGCAUACCACAGGAAUCAGAACAAUCAGUAAACUCACGAUGUACACAUUCUAUUCCAAUUCUAAGUAAUCCCCGAGUUACUCCUGAACUGAUUCCCAUAGCAGAGACUCGUCCUCGCCCUCCUCGACGACCUGAUCGAAUGUGUCAGCUUACUCUCCUCGACCGCUUGGUUCUUGGACUUAAUUGCAGCGUAUCACAAAAUGACGACGAAAUCCACAUUAAACAACUUCAUUCUAAUGAGCUGAAUAUACUCACACAGCGUAUGUGCCGAACGGGUUUCUUUAUACAGUCACUAGCGCUUCGGCAAAAUGCCAAUAAUGAUGCGGAAUACAAUAUUGUCCUCACGUUCUCUUCUGAAAAUGAGCCAAGCACAAGACGUACACGUUGCCCAAACUCAUUACUUCGUUCGAAGUCGGAUUUAUGUGAAAGAGCUUUAAGCUGUCGCUCGUCUUCCGUAAGUGAUGAAAACUUGUGGAAUAAAGUUAAAAAUCAAAGUUGUCCCAAAGGAAUUUCUUGUUUAGCCUCAAGGAAUGCAUGUCAAUCCAGCUCCCGCUAUACAAACAUGUGUCAUCUUAGUAAAGAGUCAAAUAAUUCUUCGUCGCUCAAUGGAUAUCAGAGUGAUUCAGGUUUGUAUAUGCGGCGUACUGCAAGGUAUGUACGAGAGUACCACUCUGAUUCCGAGGACUCAGAUUUUCACAACCAUAGAUACUUUGAAAAGUUGAAUCUCAGCAGAAAGACUAGAUCACGUGUUUUGCGCAGUCCUGAUAACAAACUCAGUCAUACUCACUCUACUGCCGAGUCUGUGGACAAAGGCCAGUCCCGUCAUACACAAAGUUGUUCAUUCAGUGGGACAAGUAAGGUAGAGCUUCAACGUUGCCAACAGUUAGAAAAUGACCCCACAGUCAGUAACGUAGAGGCAAAUAAACGCCCCACAGCACUUUCUCGUAUUUCUCCAAUAAAGGAAGAUGUGCAGGACAAUGCAACGUCUGAAGAGUCAUCGGAUAUACAUGGAAAUAACUCUUUGAGUUUCAGUGCUAACAGUUGCAGCCACGGCUUGUCCAAACGGGAAAUAAAUGUUUAUGCUCCUGGAGCAGUUCAGUGUCUACCGUUUCGCCGUCACAGUCCCCGGAAAGUUAUUCGUAAAGUAUAUACAGGCAGUUUAACCAUCCCAAAAAUAUUAAACCGAAAACGAAUUCCUGGAGUUAAUACGAGCCAAAUUAGUGGUCCGAGCGUCACUAUGUCAGUCACAUCUACCAAUUCCUUGACAAAUUCGCUAGCAACGAGUUCAUCUGUUAGUGCUGCCUCUGGCACAACAAAUAAUUCACCUGGUCAUAGCUCAACUUCCACCCCAGCCGUUGCUAUUCACGAAACUCAGUCCAUGCCAGUGUAUUCAGCAGCGAACCAGUUCAGAAGGCUGCAAGCUACUGCAACAUCGUUAGGCAUAGUACAAAACCCCGUAGCAAGUAUGGAGCAGACUCUAACAACUAUUCCUUCGGUCAUUACUGAUUCACUACCAACCAUCAAUGCAAAAUUGAACGAUGCUGAUACAAAUUCAACAAUAAAUGAUCCUUUUAAUAAAACAGAAAUAGAAGUAUCGGUUAGUUUAGCUGAUUAUGGAGAUUCCAAUGCUGAUCAUCCAAUUAGCUGUGUAGUCAAUGAGCGUGUUGAUGAGAAUGGUUGCGAAUGCAGUGUAAUAACUGAAAAUCAAGGUGGCGAAAAUGAUUCUGUGAUGGAUACUCCACAACUUGAAGUGGAAAAGAAUGUGUGUCUCACAGAAACAGUCGCUAGUGAAAGUGAUAUGAAAGAUGAUGCUGAAUCACUGACAGUCUCAAGUGACGUGUGUUCUACAAGUAACAUUUCACAUAGUGUUAUCAGUGUUGGCACUUCUCAAGUUCCUCCCGUUACAAAUUCGAUGAAUAAUGAUGAAUUUAUUUUGGGAACUGAUGAUUCUCACACGCCAGCUAAAUCUCUCAGCGCAAGUCAACUACUCAAAUUAAAGCGUCUACACGAUGAGACGGGCCGAUCUGUUUGUUGUAGAGAUUCUAGAUCUCAAUGUUCUUCUCAAGCAUCCCCUAUUCACCCUUCACGCACUCAAAACCAGUCACAGCCCCCUGAAUCAGAGACAAGUUUUACCCAGUGCUUGCAGUCUUCCCAGUUCCAGCAAACUCAGCCAUCAAUACAGUACAACUCAUCAAUGCCACCAAGCACCUCUGGGACUAACCUUGACUUUCGAUCAUUCCCCUUCCACCUAAAUCAUGAUCCCUCUACUGAAACCAACCAUAGACUUGAAAUUGAUGAUGAUGACGACGACAUGGAAGAUUUCGAGCUCAAGAAUUUGACUAGAGUUUUUGAACCCAAUCUGUCAAAUUCGUAUCAACCUCCUUCUGUACCGACUCAGAAAUUGACUUCAAAUCGAUUCUUCGACAGUAUUCCUUCAUCUUUCUCCACCUUGCAAACAACCAUACCCACAGAACCUCAGAAUCUUCCUUUUAUGAGUGCUCACCACCCAGCACUAAUUAGAACCCCGCGUACCAGUUGGCCAGUUAGGCGUCCAACAGUCAAUCCUGCAUUUCCUGCCAGUUUGCGAUUACAAUCUCCGUGUUAUAAUCCUGUAACAUCUACAGUUCUCUGUUUUCCUGAAACAGAUCAAAGUACAAGUACUCAUAAUAUCAGUCAAAGCCUUACAGCACCUCAAGUCUCUGCAGUUGAAAAUGUUAGUGAUCAAUUCUUUCUAUCAAGCACAUCUUUUGUAUCUCCAUCUUCACCUCCUGCCUCCUCUGUUUCCAGUGAAAUAUCAGUUACGACCACUAUGCAGUCACCUACAAAUGUUUCUGUUUGUUCACCUGCUCUCAAAAGAACAGUCGUCCAUAAGUAUCAUUCAUUUAGAAAGAUUUUACCAAAAGCUGAUCGUCCUAUUAUGCUUCCGACAACCCCAGGAUUUAGCAUAUCUCCAUUCGGUGCGAAUACCGUCGGAUUAGGUAGAUUUUCAGUACCCAAUACUAGCUUUGGUGUUUUUACGUCUGAGGUAGUCACAACUAAUGCCGUUUUGCCGUGCGAAGUUGCCACUGAUGGCACGUUUAUCAUGGACUUAGGAGCAACUAGCUUACCUGAUGAUGGUUCAUCGCUUCCUAUUAGCCGUAAUUUGUGUGCAACAUCCUUAACACUUGUCAGCUCAAGUUCUUCUGUACUAGCUACAAAUCCAGCCUCUCAGUUGCUUAAAAGCUUACUGGAACGUGAUGACACGCGUUCCAACAGUGUUACUACCACAAAUACAAUGCCAUUUACUCUACCGACUAUCGCCAGUACAACAAGUCCAACUUCCGUAAGUGGUAGUCCACUUUGGAACCAACCGGCUCAUCAGAGUCGUGGAACUUGGCAACUGGGUAAGCGGGCUUCAAAUUCUUCUACUCAACGUUCUCCUCCGGAUACUCCGUGUUCUAAAUUAUCUCAAUCUGUUUUCCCUGUGUCCAUUAACUCCGUUCAUUCUCAACCACCUCCAACAUCUGAUGCUCCAUCCAUUGUGCCACCAACUUUGCGUUUGACACCAGGACCAACCUCUCGGCUGCAACAACUUCAACAGCAUUAUCAACGCCAGCAGGAAGCUCAGCGACGCUUCGAACAAGACUCAUUGAGCAAACUGGGUGUUGCAGAUAGCGCAUAAAUGAUACUCUUCACAUUUCGCCUCUUCUUGCCUUCUCAUUUGAUAUGGAACGAAAAUUAUAAUGUACAAACCAAACAGGCGGCUGCUUAUUGUUUUCGGGACAUCUAUGCGUUAUCCUGUGUGUCAUUCCUGUCAUAUUGUGCAUCCUGUGUGGCAGCUAUACCACAGAUGUGUAUUAAUGAUCUCCUUUUAUAUGUAAAUAUUGUCCCUUUCCUUUACUACCCCACGUAAGGUCAUGAAAUAAAUUAUCUGAAUCAUUUAUUUUAAUAAUUGGGAGUAUAUAUAUAUAUAUAUAUAUAUAUAUAUAUAUAUAUAUAUACAUAUCCCCUUUUAUUUCACACUGUUAUGGUUUUUAGAAAAUUAUCCUCGUGACUAAUAUACACUUUUUUUCUGUUUCAUACUGAAAUAUAUUUUUUUCUUGACUUUACCAUUCAGAAAGCUUAAACUGACGCGUCUGUUCCGCGUGUAUUUCUUUUAUGUUAUAAUAUUUCUGUUAUUUCAGAUUGUAACAAACAUUUUGCCUUGAGAUCUUCAUACUCACAAAUCAGACUUGAAGUCUGCAUUUGUAUGCCGCUUUCAUGUCUAUUUUAUGUCUUGACUGGUCCCAGUCUUAAUUGUGAUUAUUGACAUUUAUUUCUGCUCUUGAGAUCAGAAUAUUUGUUAAACGAAGGCGCAAAUAGAAUCAGUG